UCGGAGGUAGAGAGUCAGAGCUGCUCGUCUGGCGGAUCUCAACCUCUGAAACAAACCCCCCGGUGUCUUCUCUCUUCCGUCCCCGCUUCCCUCCUCACUUACCCCGGUUGGUUUCAUUCCGGAGCCCUGGAAGCUUCUGUUUUUUUCUUCUUCUACCUUUCUUCUUCUUCUCGACUCUUGCCAACAGUUUGGUCUUUGGGAUUCGGGUUUUAGUACUAUUCGGUGGUGAUUUCAGCGCUGUUCCUCGCUGCUGCUGCUGCUGCUGCUGCUGCUGCCGGUUUUACGCACCGACGCUUAUUUUGGAUUUGCUCAUCACUGGAGAAAAACACAAAAAUCAGCGAGGUGGAUCCGUGGAUGCGCCUUUUCGGCUCAAACUGGAGAUGGAAAUGCUGACAUUGUUAUUUCAUUCCCUGUGGAUAUUGCAAUGCAACACAGUGAGCGCCGACUCCAUCAUUCACAUCGGUGCGAUAUUUGAGGAGAACGCAGUGCGGGAUGAUGAGGUGUUCCAGCUCGCCGUCUCCGACCUGAGCCUGAGUGACGACAUCCUGCAGAGCGAGAAGAUCACUCACUCCAUUAAACUCAUCGAGCCCAACAACCCUUUCCAGGCGGUGCAGGAAGGUUUCACACCCAGAAGUCGGUGGAUUUACAUGCUGCAGGAUGGAUUUCCUUGGUUUUGUCUGCAGACAGCAUGAAAUAUGGCCAAAACAGCUGACAGCGAUGACAAAAAGAAGUUAGCCCAAAACUGGACAGACGGUUUGAUGAAGGAGACGCCAGGCAGGAGAGACAAACUUCUUCUCUGCAGGAUGUCAGCGCUGCACCUCAGACGCCCUCAUCAAUAUUUAUGAAUGCGUUUUCGAUGCCAUCUACACGGCACUUAAACGCAGCGUCGUUAUACAGCACCCGUCCCUCAAAUCGCUCCGCUGUAUUAAAACAGUCGAUAAUGAAAGAGCAGCUAUUAGCGUUUACCCUGAGUGACCCAAAUGGCAUUGCAAGUGGGACACUUAACGUCCGCCAUUUUCCUCUGCAGCUGACAUGCUGGGGACUGAAGCUCGAUUCCUCCACCAAAAAAUUCAACUGUGAGUCCAAACUUUAAUAGUAAAGUCAUUAACAAACCCGUGUUUAGUUUCCUCUUUUAAAUGUCGGGAAUCUGCUCAUUUCCUAUGUUUUAAAUCACUCUAAAUGUGUAACUUUGAGCUCCUAUGCAUCUGAAGAUGUUACUUUGCUCUAAGAACCUCCAGAUUUUUUAUUUUUAUAAUUGAGCUUAUUAUUAAUGAGCUUACUUUAGGCCUGAAGCACUUUAAGGCUGCUUAUUGUUUAAUGCAUAACAUCUCAGCUCGUCUCACUGAAACAGAUUGUGGUAUCAGAGUGUCAACAUGACCUGCAGUCUGAGGGACCCACUGUGUGUGUCAGCCUCUCAUUGUAAAGCUCUGUAUAAAGAAAGACAGCAACAGGACAACACACACACACACACACACAGCAGCCUGAGGAAGACCGGCGUUGGUGGCUGAAAAAUGAGUUUGUGAAGAGAAGU